CACUGGUGCAGGGCUCUUCUAGAAACCGACCUUUGGUGGCAGAAAAAAAAUACCAAGUGCUAAAGGGAAGGAAAAAAGGAGUGUUGAGGGAGGGAGGAGGUACGGCCGCGGGACGAGCCAGGCUGGCCAGCGGCGGGUCCGGACUCCGGCGUUCCCGACAUUCGUUCUCGAGCCGUUGUGAGGAGUGGACGUAUUACGGAUCAAUCGCCAUGGCCAGACUGUCUUUCUUCUCCCUGGCUUUGCUGCUGGUGCUGGGCACCCUAGCUGUUAGCCAAGACAUCAGCAUCCCAGAUGUGGAAAAAGCAUUAGUUGAAGAUGGUAACAAGACUGACACCACAACUGCACCCCCUACCACACCAGCAGCAACAACGGCAAAGAGUACGACCACUCCUGAAACCCCCACCACCACCACACCAAAAGCUACCACCCCCACCACCACCACACCAAAAGCUACCACCCCCACCACCACCACACCAAAAGCUACCACCCCCACCACCACCACACCAAAAGCUACCACCCCCACCACCACCACCACUACUACUACUACCACCACACCAGAACCAACCACCACCACUCCUGAACCAACCACUACUACACCAGAGCCAACCACCACCACUCCUGAACCAACUACCACCACACCAGAACCAACCACAACCACCCCUGAACCAGUGACCACUUCAGCUCCUGAUACAAACUUCAACUAUAAUGUUACAGAGAAUAAUGUCACCUGUGUUAUGGUACAGGGAACCAUCUCCUUUACAGUCAAUUACACUACAAAAACCAAUAAAACUGAAGUGGUCACCGUGACUGUCCCAGAGCAUGGAGGAACUGUGACUGGCUCCUGCAAUGGAACUGAAGGUGAACAGUACAUCGAGAUCACCUGGGGAGCUGUGAAUGAAACCUCUUCAACCAGGAUGACCUUCAACAGGACAAAGGACUCUUGGUCAUUGAUUGAUUUUACAGCUACUGUAUUCAUGGGCAAGAACUUUGUAAAUGCAACUAUUUAUCGUGAAAAGUUGGAUCUUGUGAUGAACUACAACUUCAGUCCUCUUGAAAUUGGUGUCAACCGUAGCUUCAACUGCCAUUCACAUCUGUCUGCUUUCAACGUGACUGGAACUCUGGACAGCACAGCGUACGAACUUCCUCUGGGAUCUGACUUGACUAACAUCCAGAUUCAAGCAUACAAUGAAAUCGUUGGAGAAAAGGACUUCGUCGAUUCUGUUCACUGCACGGCCGAUAACACCUCCGAUGUUGUGCCGAUCGCCGUGGGCUGUGCCCUGGCCGGCCUGGUGGUUAUAGUCCUGAUUGCUUACCUUGUAGGACGCCGCCGACGAUCCGCUGCAUAUCAGUCAGUUUAGGAUAUUUUGUUAAAUGUAGGUUAAUUUGAUUACAUAUUGAUACUGUACAGCUAUUAGAAAUGUGACAAACUAUGUGAAUUGUCAAGAAAUUGAAUUAUAUAAUUUGGAGUAAGAUUAAUUUGUUACUGUGAUAGUUAAGAUGUAAAUUUUCUCUUACCAAUGUUUCUUUAAAGUUGCAUAGCUGUAGUUCAGCUAAAUUUGCACCUUUGUGAUCUUGAUCAAAUUUAUGAAGGAUAUAAGAAUGGUCUGUCAUGCUACUGUGAAAUCUGGACAUCAAUCAGAUUACUACCAGAUUUUUUUUUUUUUUUGGGGGGGGGGUUUGUUGUUUGGUUGAACUGGUCAAACCAUUUUCUAAAUUGCGUUGCAACUUUGAUAAUCAAGUUAAGGUUGUGGUACCUGACUGAAAAGUCAGUCUGUAAGAGGGGAUUGGGGGUGGGAGUGGGAGGGAAAAGAAAGAAAGAAAGAAAGAAAGAAAAAAAAAGCUGAAGAACCUCAACCUGGGACAGUUCGAUACAGUAGCAGUUUUCAGUACCCCUUGGAGGGACUGUACGGGACUUCCUAUCAUGUUUAUAUUUCUGAUCCAGCCUUCUUCGUAAAUGGGGAAACAGGACACAUGGUUAUAUAAGGGGUACUAGAAGAUAAUUAAUACACAGCCUACGAUUUUCUUUUGUCAAAUAAUUUGACCUCCAUGUACAUAAUUGAGAGCUCUAUAUUUCCCACAAAAUUCUUUAAGGAAUAUUUACGGAAGUUCUUUGGAAAGUGUGAAUGGUGCGCGAGUGAAGCCAGUGAUAUUUUUGUAUUUGUCAUUCCAGGUGAAAAUGCUGCCCUUAAUGAUUUUUGUUAAUUUGUUAUUCAGCUUAGAUCUGACUUGAUAAUUGACAUGAAUAGCCAUUUCCAGAAACUUUUGAAAGGGAAUAACUAAAGGCAGGUUCAUUUGGGGUGUUAACCGAGAGUGGCUGGAUGAUCCAAAAGACCGGAAUUUAAUUCAGAAUGAUGAACCGUUAAUUCUGUUAAAGGUUGGCUUUUUGGUGCUUCUAAUAUUUGGCUACUUUUCAUUGUUGGCAAGGUGUGAAAUCAAAUUAUGUAAUGCAUCUGUGAGCUUUCAACUUUAUCCAGCAGUUUUUUGGGUAUGUAAACCAAUAUUUAUG